GUUUCCAGCAAGGCCACUCAGAAGACCCCCGCUUGACUAAAGCAAUGGAGGGCGGCCCAGCUGUCUGCUGCCAGGAUCCUCGGGCAGAGCUGGUAGAACGGGUAGCAGCCAUUGAUGUGGCCCACUUGGAAGAAGCAGAUGGUGGCCCAGAGCCCACUAGAAACGGUGUGGACCCUCCACCACGGGCCAGAGCCGCCUCUGUCAUCCCUGGCAGUGCUUCAAGACUGCUCCCCGCCCGGCCUAGCCUCUCCGCUCGGAAGCUUUCCCUGCAGGAGCGGCCAGCAGGAAGCUGUCUGGGGGCACAGGCUGGGCCUUAUGCCACGGGGCCUGCCAGCCACAUCUCCCCACGGGCCUGGCGGAGGCCCACCAUCGAGUCCCACCACGUGGCCAUCUCAGAUGCAGAGGACUGUGUUCAGCUGAACCAGUACAAGCUGCAGAGUGAGAUUGGCAAGGGCGCCUAUGGUGUGGUGAGGCUGGCCUACAAUGAAAGUGAAGACAGACACUACGCAAUGAAAGUCCUUUCCAAAAAGAAGUUACUGAAGCAAUAUGGCUUUCCACGUCGCCCUCCCCCAAGAGGGUCCCAGGCUGCCCAGGGAGGACCUGCCAAGCAGCUGCUGCCCCUGGAGCGGGUGUACCAGGAGAUUGCCAUCCUGAAGAAGCUGGACCACGUGAAUGUAGUCAAACUGAUCGAGGUCCUGGAUGACCCAGCUGAGGACAAUCUCUAUUUGGUGUUUGACCUCCUGAGAAAGGGCAUCCUGGGGUCCAUUGGUCCAGGGGAAGGGAAGGUGUUUGCCAAGGAGGGAGCCCGCAAGUGGAUGACUCUGUCUCAAAAAAAAAAAAAAAAGAAGUCUUCUGCCCUAGUUUCCUGUGACCUGCCCGCUCGGCAACAGGCAGCUCGUUUUUCAUGGAGAGGGCAGAGAGGAGUCCAGACUCCUAAGGUUCCUGUCCUGGCUCUGCUGCUCACAGCCUGGGCUGAGUGUCCUCACCUGCAUGGAGUGGAUGGCCCUGACGUCCUCUUCCUGGUUCGUCACCAAGACGAAAGCAUGCAUAGGCUGGGGUGUCCCUGGCUGGGCGAGGACAGGCGUGGGCUCCCGGACAUCCGUGCCCAGGCCAGCGCGCGGAUCAAGCCCCCUUUCUCUGCAGUGCACUGCCAGAAGAUCGUCCACAGGGACAUCAAGCCGUCCAACCUGCUCCUGGGGGACGAUGGGCACGUGAAGAUCGCUGACUUCGGCGUCAGCAACCAGUUUGAGGGGAACGACGCUCAGCUGUCCAGCACGGCUGGGACGCCAGCCUUCAUGGCCCCCGAGGCCAUUUCUGACUCCGGCCAGAGCUUCAGUGGGAAGGCCUUGGACGUGUGGGCCACCGGCGUCACGUUGUACUGCUUUGUCUAUGGGAAGUGCCCGUUCAUUGACGAUUACAUCCUGGCGCUCCACAGGAAGAUCAAGAAUGAGCCCGUGGUGUUUCCGGAGGAGCCCAAGAUCAGCGAGGAGCUCAAGGACCUAAUCCUGAAGAUGCUGGACAAGAAUCCCGAGACAAGGAUUGGGGUGCCAGACAUCAAGUUGCACCCUUGGGUGACCAAGAACGGGGAGGAGCCCCUGCCCUCGGAGGAGGAGCACUGCAGUGUGGUGGAGGUGACGGAGGAGGAGGUGAAGAACUCCGUCAGGCUCAUCCCCAGCUGGACCACCGUGAUCCUGGUGAAGUCCAUGCUGAGGAAGCGUUCCUUUGGGAACCCGUUUGAACCCCAAGCACGAAGGGAAGAGCGUUCCAUGUCUGCUCCAGGGAACUUACUGCUGAAAGAAGGGUGUGGCGAAGGGGGCAAGAGCCCAGAGCUCCCCGGCGUCCAGGAAGACGAGGCUGCCUCCUGAGCCCCUGCAUGCGCCCAGGGCCGCCCGGCAGCACCUCAUCCUGCGCCUCCAGAGGCCCGUCGCCCUCAUGCCACAGCCGUCCCCUCGGGCAGGGGGCCAGGGACUGCGCCCCUCUCCCGCCCCUCCCCCCAUCGUGCUGCAUGACCUCCACGCACGCACGUCCAGGGACAGGACUGGAAUGUAUGUCAUUUGGGGUCUUGGGGCAGCGCUCCCACGAGGCCUUCCCCCUCCUCCUGGCUGUCCUUGGCCCGACCCAUUCUGUGGGGAAACCAAGCACCCAUGGAGCUUUAGAAAGCCCACCCGGCUGGUUGGCAUGGCCCAGGGCAUGAGGCAGAGGCAAGAGACCAAUGGUGACCAGUGUUGUCAGGAUGGAUGGAGACACUCGAGUGAGGGAAGGCAGGUGGAGGCCUGGCGUACUGCAACCGAAGAGACCUCCCGCUGGGUCGGGCCGGCCUGGCUCAGCUGCAGGCAUACAGUGGGGGGGACCCCGCCCACCUUGGGGUGGUGGCGCCAGGGCUGUGGUCUACUCAAACACUGGUGUGGGGGCCCGGAGCCCGCACUGGGGAGAGGGCCGGUGUUGGAGAAUUCAGGUUCCUUUUGUGUUGUCGUUUACUUUUGUUUUUAACCUGGGGGUUCGGGGAGGAGGCCUGCUAGGGCGCAUCUCACGAGCGUUCCGCCAGCGCUGGUGGCUCCCAGCACACCCACCGUGAUGUGGCAGCCGAGCGGACGGAACUAACUUUCCUGGACUGUGUUUUGUAUUCGGCAUUAUCUGGAAAGUGGGCUGAAGGGGGUCAGGCUCUGAGCAGAGGACCGGAGCAGAAGUGCAGCGUCGUCCCCGCCCGUCUCCCUCCCUCCCUUGAUGGCUCCCCAGAGCUGAGGCUGCAGAAGACACCAGGGCCGGCUUUGACCGAGGGCCGGGGACUCGACAGGCCUGUGGGCUUGCACAUGCUGAAAUGACUGGAACCCAGUCUCUGUCCUACGCUGGCCCACCCAUCUGGCCCCAAGAGCUGCACUCACAGCCCUACCGUGAAGGACAAGCUGUCCAGGUUGUAGGGAUCACUAGACACACAGCCCGGAGGGGUGUGCGUGCCAGCAGGUGGCCUCUGUGGCAAGGACGUCACCCUGAGGACAUCAGCAGUCAGCCUGCUCAGAGCGGGGGUGCUGGAGCGCUCGAGCAGGCACAGCUCUUCCAGAGCAGGCUUCACCUUCUCUCUGGGAUCGGCGUCCGGCUGGCCGGCUUGGUCUUUGCUGACCAAAUGCCCGUAGAGGUUGACCCCCCCAGGGAGAUCACACAGGACUUGGACAUUGCCCUGGAAACAUGGGCUGGACAAGGGCUUUUGGGUGCAGGUGUGGGUUUCCUAUGGGAGGAGGGCUUGUUUGGAGAAGGGAGGCUGGCUGGGGGAGAAGCCGGCUGCCACCGCGUCGCCGUGCCUGUGGGUGUAUGUCGCCUCACGCCCACGCAUGUGCGUGCCCCUCUGCCGCACGCAACGCACCCGCAUGCCUUGCACCGUUCCAUGCAUCUGUAAUGCUGUUUCCACAUCUGUUUCAGGCUGGGAGCAGAAUGCGGCCACUUGUCAGUGGGUCCGCGUUUCCCCGGCUCGUCUGUGCUAAGGCAGUGUGGCCCAGGGCUUAGAAAGCCGUUGUUACUGUUUAGAAGAACACUUUUAUAGAGUUCAUGGAGCAAGUGAAGAGCCAGCCACUGAGCCACAGGGGUUUCUUGAGCAUCUCUGUGAGCAUCUGGUUUCGGGAGACCGCGCCGAUCGGACCCACCCUUGGAAAGCUCGGGGGUGGGCCCAGUUGGGAUGUUCACCCUGCCACGGAGGGUUUUGGUUGGCAUUGUUUUUGAGGGUAGCACAAGCAAUGAGUAAACUCCAUAAGAGUGUUUUAAAAAUUAACUUCCCAGGAAGUGAGUUAAAAACAAUAAAAGCCCUUUCUUGAGUUAAAAA